UGGAACGCAGCCCUUGAGUGUCAAGAUAGGUUUUGCUGGAAACUGGAAACGCUCAAAAGGCUCGAAAGCAGGACUUGAAAAUAAAAAAGAAAAAAAAUUAACCGAACGUCUGUGCGCGUCAUUAUUUAUAACGUAUAUUGUAAAUUAACCGUCUUUGUUGAGCGCGGUGCCUGAACCUUUUGAUACGUGGAGAUGUAUAUAUGUGCUACGUACGCUACACGCGUGCAUGUAUUUAUCUACUAGAGACACGAAAGCACAAAAAAAUAAUAAGAUUACAUAUAUAUAAACACGUAAAACGUGCGUGGAGAUUAAAGAUUCACGUGAAUAGGAAAAAUAAGAGAGAAAGAAAAAACAAGAAAGCCCACACGCACGUACGCAUCGAGACACGCCAUAUCGGUGCUUACAUAUCAUUAUGAGUGAAAUUUCAGAAACGCAAAGUAAAGACAGCGUCUCUGUUAUAACUGAACAAGAGCGUGAAUUGGCUCAAAAUAUACUGUUAGAAUUUCAAAAGAGUUCUUACGCGUCGUGCUUAUCAUACUUGAAUAAGCUGGAGAGUCUCAGGCCUACCGAUCUUAAAGUUACGCAUAACAAAGUUGUGGUGGAAUAUUAUAAAAGUGACUUGAAGAAAACCGAGCUGACACGGAAGAGUUUGAACGCUAUAUGCGGCCAGAUAUUAACUACGGAUUCUAACGAGACUAUCGAUGACGUCGAAAAGUGCGUUAUGAGAUAUAAUCAAGCCGUUUUAUUAUAUCAUACUAAACAGUAUAAUGCUGCGCUUCAAAUCAUGACUAGGCUGUUUGCCUUUAUCGAGCCAAUGGAAGAAACUUUAGCGCAUAAAGUUUGUCUGCUACUGAUCGAAUUGUACAUAGUAACGGAGCAACCAGACGCAGCUCUGUCAAUAUUAACGUAUGUGGAGAGUCAAUUUAUAUCGACUACUGACAGUUCCAAGAUAUCCGUUGACAAGGAUGGAGUAAUGAAAUCUAUUAAGGAGCAAAGAGAGCAAAAGAAAGAUGUUGGCGAUACAAUGACGGAUACAUUUAAGAUUAAACUCUUGAAAUAUAAAGCGAGAAUAUAUCUUUUGACUCAUCAACUGAAACUCUGUAAAAAAGAAUGGAAGACAUUAGUUUCAUUGGGCAUAGUGAAUACAUCGACAAUUUUUUUGAAGGCUAAUCUGGAAUAUUUGCGAGGAAAUUACGAAAAGGCAAUACAAUUUUUGACGUCUAAAAUGAAAGAAAAUUUAGAUUUUAAAUUAUGUGGGGAAUCUUCGGCUGUUUUGUUUUAUAACAAUAUGGCAUGUCUGCAUCUCGCGAUGGGUAAACCUAUUCUGGCUUGUUCUUAUCUUCAGAGAGCUUUGCGCGCAAAUAAAUGUGCGUUGGAGAGCAUGCAAGUCAAAGACAUUGAUCCUUUGUCUUCUCAACCAUUAUACACGCUUGGUGGCAAUAAACAUUACGAGUUAAUGUACAGUUUAGGUGUAUCGUUGUUGUACGCUGGUAAAGCGUCCAAAGCUUUUGAUUGCUUCACAGAAGUAGCACAGAAGGUACACAAUAAUCCUAAACUCUUGCUCAGAAUGGCAGAAUGUUGUAUCUACAGUCAUAAAUAUUCAAACGAGGUCGAUUUCAAUAUUCCAAAACGGCGUAAAGAUUUGGUGCAGAAGAUAAUAGGUUCUGGUAUCCAUAAAAAAAUUAUAUUAGCCACAUCUCUUUCGAAAGACCGUAGAUAUCAUUCGGAAGGACUAUCCUAUGCAAUCCCACAACCAACAUUGGAAUUUGGUUAUUUAUGUCUGAAAAAUGCAUUACUUUUACUACCGAACACGACGGAGCCAAACGUACCUGUAACAACUAUGACGACGUCAGUGUCACUAUCCGUAAUAUCUGGUCACACGUUAGGUAUCCAGCAUGUAACAUUAAUGUCACGAGCUACAGCUAUCGAAUCUUUUAACUUAAAAAUUAGUGUCUUGGCUGCUAGCGCUUAUGUCUCUUUGUGUCUUGGAGAUUAUAUACUUUCUCUGGAACAUGCAAAAACUCUAUUAAGCUUUAACAAGUUACCUGGAGCAUAUAAAAUGCUAGGCAACUUGUACGCCGCUGAAAGUUUAAUAUUCAUGGACAAAAUUAGCGAGGCACUAGAGUACCUUAAGCUAGAAAAUCUUCAAGAUUUAAAUACAUUUAUAUCCAUGCCAGAAAUUCAAGAGAAGGAUAAAGAAAAGGUGGAGGAAAUUACGGUAAAGCCUGUAAGAGCAUGGUAUCCCACAACAGUUUCUACUGGCAUUGCUGUAAUACGUUACAACUUGGCUGUGGCUUAUGCCAUACGAGGCGAACUAGACAAAUCUGGAGAAACUUUGAAACAAAUAUGGAUGUCAAAAGAACCAGCGUGUGAUAUACCUAUACAAGUGAUAAUGUUGGCCUUGUAUAUAGAGCUACAAUUAGGUCACGCUGACAUUUCAAAAUCGAUAAUAAAACAGCAUUGUCCACAACUGGAGGAUGAGCCGACUCUCGGCUCAUCGCUCAUCCGAUUGCUUUACUUUGAUAAAAAUAUGGAGUUGGAAGUAUCUCAAGAUUUAAAGGAGCGGAUCACGAACGAUCUGCCAUCCUCACCAGCUCCCCGCAUGAAGAAAUCUGAAACAAAGGACAGCAUUUCCUCCGUAGACAGCGACUUGAGUCUUUCUUUCGACAGAAGAGGUUCCAAGAGCGACGAGGCCGACUUGUCGGAUUACGAUAGCGAGGUCAGGUUCGUAAAGGGACGUGAUAUUGAACAAGAUUCGGGUGCGGACUCUGUGGAUGAUGUUGCGUCGAAAGAAGUUAUACAAGUUAUAGAGAGACAAGUGGAUGUACCGUCGGACGCUCCAACGGAAUCAACGGACGUAACGGAAUCAGCGAUAUCAACGGUUGAGAAAACGACGAAUAAUUUCGUGAUGCCGACGGACGAGUUAGCCGACAAGAUAUGCGCCCAGGUGGAAUAUUACUUUUCCGACGAAAAUAUCAUAAAGGAUGCGUUUUUAUUGAAACACGUGAAAAGAAACAAAGAAGGUUACGUAUCCCUUAAAUUGAUAUCCAGCUUUAAAAAGGUGAAGCAUCUCAGCAGGGAUUGGAGAGCAGUCGGAGCGGCUUUAACGAGAUCUAAGAAGCUCGAGGUUAAUCCACAAGGGACUAAAUUGCGUAGAGUGAAUCCUUUACCACCUUUUGAUCAGACAGCUCCUUCCAGGACCAUUUUAGCGGCUGGAUUACCGAUAGAGAAAUUAACGGUUGAAUCUGUCGCUGAGAUUUUUAAACCUUGUGGUGAGAUAGCGCUGAUAAGGGUUCUCAAACCUGGACGUCCCAUACCUCCUGAGGUGCGACAGGCAAUCGCCAAAAGACCAGACGUGGCCUCCAUCGAGGAGUGUGCCAUGGUCGAGUUCACGGAUUCAGCUUCCACGCGAAUCGCCAUGCAAAUGGCCUUGGGCGAUGCGAAAGUAUUUGAAUUACGACAUUCGGUUGACAAGAGAAGAAAGCACCAGCCUGCGAAGAAAUGUAGUCUCAAUAGAGUAGCGAGGGAAGACACGCACAACUCGUCCAGUUGUCCCAGUGGAUCCGAGCCAGAGGAUGGGAGAGUAAGGCUUCAGAGAGGCUUUCAGGGGUAUCCAAUGUGUCACGUUCAUAAUACGAGUUAUUCCUUCCAAGCAGGGCCACCAUCACCGGACACGUGUUUAUCUCGUAAGCUCUCUUCCUGCUCCAUAUCCAGUUCCGAGAACGGUUUUGUGUUUCGGCGUCUGUCUUCCUGUUCCGGUUCUGGUUCUAGUUCAGACUCUGGUAGACGUUACUCCACCUGCUCGUCUGGUUCCGAAGCAGCUUUCUUUCAUCCAAGUUACUCGAAUACGUUCUAUCAUCAUGAAAAUCGCCGUUACUCUUGCUGUUCUGCCACUGGUUCUCCGAUGGAGUGCCGGGGAAGUUGCUAUAUCGCAAAUCGUCGUGGAUCGGCCGAUUAUGGACCGUUAUCAAGAAGGCUCUCGACAUACAGUCGCGAUUACGAUACGAACAUCAGGAGAGGAUCCUUGUGCUCUUCAACGUCGGAACAGAAUGUAUUCUAUCGAUCGAGAAGCAAUAACAGCAUCGCGAUAAUGCACGUGCCUGAGAACGUGAUGAGAAUGCCAUCAGGACCCGAUGGUACUCGUGGCUUUUUCGGUCGUUCCGCAAGAAUAACGUCUGUGGAACCUAUCCAUUGAAUGAAUAAUAUAAAAGGACUCGUCGAUAGCGAUAGGACUCAAAAACCGAAAGCAACUACAAUAUUGGUCAAUAUACUCGAGGCGUGCUCGAUAGAGCUAGGCUUACAAGAUUCGAGCAGAUUCUGACCGAUAUUUAUAGUUUGUUUCAGUCAACUAUAUACUAUACUGAAAUGUGAAAUCUAAUGCGCUGUAAAACGAUAUACAUUCGUCUCUUGUCACACGUUAUCCUCAAGACAGUACAAUAAUGAAAUGUCAGUGAAAAUUAUUAAACAGAUCAAAACCGUUUUAAUCGACAUCUUA